UAGUGCAUCUACCAAAAGCUUUCUUUUAAUAAUAUUUCUUACAAGCAAAGAGAUGCGCCUGAUUGACGAUAAAAGCUCACCCCCACUUGUUAUAUGAAGCCUAGAGAUGAAUGAAAAUGGCUCCAGUCUCUUAUCUUUUUUUCACUUUUAGCAGACUUUUGCAUACCUAAAGCGAACGCCACUGCAGGCAGGGGCAUUUCGUUCAAUAAUAGAGCAACUCAGGUUCUUCUUUUCGUUCCAUUCCUUCGUAUCCAUGGCAAACGAUUCAAAGCUUCAUAUUGCUAUGUUUCCAUGGCUAGCCUUUGGUCACAUGAUCCCAUAUUUAGAGCUGGCCAAACUCAUAGCUCAAAAGGGUCAUAAAAUCUCCUUCAUUUCUACUCCUCGAAACAUCAAUCGUCUCCCAAAACUCCCUCCAAAUCUAAUCCCUUUCAUAAAUUUCGUAGAACUUCCAUUGCCUCAUGUCGAUGGUCUUCCAGAAGACGCAGAGGCCACAACUGAUGUCCCAUACAAUGAAGUCCAAUACCUUAAAAAUGCAUAUGAUGGUCUUAAAGAACCUAUAACCAUUUUUCUUGAAACUUCAAAUCCUGACUGGCUUCUUUAUGAUUUUACUGCUUACUGGCUACCUAAUAUCGCUAGUAAUCUCUCCAUUUCGCAUGCUUACUUUAGUAUAUUCUUGGGUGCGGUGCUGGGUGUUACAGCAAAACCACAUUCACUGACUGAUGAUCGGACCAAACCUGAAGAAUUUACCGUCCCGCCUAAGUGGGUUCCAUUCCCUACUAAGGUGGCGUUUCGGCUGUUUGAGAUCAUGAAAAUUUCCGAUUCUGCAACCUGUAAUGCAAAUGGAAUUUCCGACAUUGAUCGUCUGCAAGAUGUGGUUCGAGGCUGUGAAAUGGUGGCUAUCAGGAGCUGCUCCGAGUUUGAACCAGAGUGGUUAAACCUACUAGAGAAGCUCCAUAGAAAACCCUGUAUACCUGUCGGUAUGCUUUCCACUACAGAAUAUGAUUUCGGAGAAGAAUCCGAAUCAUGGAACUCGAUCAAACUGUGGUUAGAUAAACAGGAGAAAAGAUCUGUAGUGUAUGUAGCAUUUGGCAGUGAAGCAAAAACGAGUCAAGAAGAGCUGACUGAAAUAGCUCUUGGAUUAGAGUUAUCAGGGCUGCCAUUCUUUUGGGUGCUGAGAAAGCGUAGAGGGUUAACCGAUACUGAAGUGAUUGAGUUGCCUGAGGGAUUCGAGGAAAGAACCAAAGGGCGCGGCGUGGUGUGCAACAGUUGGGCUCCUCAGCUCAAGAUCUUAGCUCAUGAUUCAGUUGGUGGGUUCUUGACUCAUUCGGGAUGGAGUUCAGUUGUGGAAGCAAGUCAAUACGAGAGGCCUCUUAUACUAUUAACAUUUUUGGCUGAUCAAGGGAUAAAUGCUAGAGUUUUGGAGGAGAAGAAGAUGGGAUAUCCAAUACCAAGAAACGAGCUGGAUGGAUCUUUCACGAGUGACUCAGUAGCAGAGUCGUUGAAAUUGGUUAUGGAGAAAGAAGAGGGUAAAAUUUACAGAGAAAAAGCCAAGGAAAUGAGAAGGUUGUUUGGAGAUGAGGAUAGACAAGAAAUGUAUGUAAACAACUUUCUGGAUUACCUCAAGAGCCACAGAGGUGUGUGAAGUUAAAGGUCAGGAGGAGCAAUGGAAAAUAAACAAUCAUUCUGUCAGAGAAAUAAAAUAAGAUGUUAAAGUAGUGUCAGUGUGUGGUGAAGUUUGUGAAGCAUUCAAAUGCAGUGGGUGUUAUCAAUUGUUAUUAAUCUGUUGAUGGUUUCUUCUA